AUGUACGUGAUUCGGUCCGCACUGCGAGUGUCUACGAAACGACCUCCAGCGCGCUUUAUUCGCGGCCGCCGCUACCCUUCGACACCACGAUUACGAGCAUUCCACACCACACGCACCCUCGCCCAAGCCGCGAACCCACCGCCCGCGCCCAAUAGUACACCCGCCGACCAAGAUGACGUCAACAAGACGGACCGAGAGAAGGCAGCAGCAGCAGUCGAGGAGCCCGCCGACAGUGCGGUAGCAUCAGAAGACCCAGAGGUUCUGGCACAGAAGCUGCAGCGAUCGCGGGAAACCUCACGCAGGUACUCGGCUGCCUUGCGACGCCAGCAGCGGGGGAAGAAGACGCAAGGGCUGCCGCCUGUCCAUAUACCAGACUGGUUUCUGAAGAAGAGGGUACUACGCCGCCAACAAUAUCUCGCAGACCCACAAGUAGCCAAUGCGCCCACGGUUCUCUCUGUUCAAGUCGCCCAUGCUGAGUCCGGAGAGCAUGCUGCGUGCACCAUACCGGCUCCACGCGACUCUGACGCUACCCAGAUCCUGUCGCGACUAGUGCGUGGCCUGUGGAACAGGCGCCUGGACGAUCACGAGAAGCUCAAGGUGGAGAGGUAUUUGGAAGAGCAGAUGGCACCGAUCGAUCAGGCGGAAACACACCAAUCACAAAUCCGGAAUGACGAAGCAGUCGCUAGCACCGAAGCAGGGCGCCCGGACGAAGUACCCAUAUCCACAAUCACCGAAGACACUGCUUUCAUGGACGCUUGGUCUAAGCUGAGCAAGAUACAGAACGACAAAGACAUGGAUCCGCGCCAGAAAAUCGAGGCCAUGAAGAAACAAAGUGCCAAAUUGGGCAUGGUUGCGAGGAAACGAGAAAUCGCAAAGACUCGACAGGCUGGCAACUCCAGACGCCUAUCGUCCUUGGUCGUUGCUGAGAUUCGAGCUACUAUGGCUGCGUCUCUUUCCUCCUUGCACCCAGCUGGCGACUCGUUCCCUGUUACAAAGACAAACCUUAGCCUUCACUCACCCAUGGCUGAGCACGAGCCAUUGAUAGAUGAAUGCGUAACAUCUACUGCUCUCGAAAUGGGAGCUGACGUUGUUGUCCUAAAAGCUCAAGACCUUGCUCAUCUUGCUGGAGAUUACCUAGGCGAAGGAGCAGAGCCAUCACCACGUUCGAUACGCUCGCUGGGCUACGAAGCAUACCGCAUGAACACAGAUCUCGGCGAUCUCAUGAGGGACAUAGAAGACUCUAUCGCGCAGGACGACUCCGAGUGGAAUCAGUCUUCGUCGACGGAUCAGCCUGAUCCUAAUUCAAUGCGCCCCCGUGCUAUACCCCUCUCCAUAAUUUCUCUAAAAGGCUCUCUUUCACCUGCCUUGCGGGCUAUGACACAAAGCUUGAAGGGCAUGGGCCUGUCAGCAGGCGAAUUCGGAACGUCUGAUGCGACAGUCGAUGAGUCUGGGCGCAGUCAGAACCCUGGGGACGUACAGCUUGAGGAUCUGAAGUUAGCCGCUCUCUUAGACGCACUAAUUGAUGCGGGUGAUCUGAAGCAAAGCCGUGGUUUCGUCGACAAUACACAACCUUCCCACUUGUCUGAAGAGUCCCAAACAUCGUCAAAAGCUCCUGCCUUUUUCGACUACUCUCUGAAGCAAGAAGGUGCCGAGCUUGAACUCAACUCUGCCUUGCCGUCUCCUGCAAAGGCAGACAUCAGCAUGACUGUUAAAGUUGGGUCAGCUGCGAGAACCCUCAACGCCCCGACAAAGUCUAAAGUUAUCUACAUCCCGGACUUCAAACAACUAAAUGCUACACACUAUGGUGGCCGCAUCGUUCAGAAGCUGGAAGAGCUUGUUCGCAAGCGCCGUAGUGCUGGAGAAAGCGUCAUGAUUGUGGGAAGCACUUGUUCACGCGACCUUACGCCUGAACUGUCCGCCAGCGGAGUUCGUGCUCUCCAAAGCGAAGGCGAAAGCGGCUUCUUCAGGACCAUUGUCGUCGCAUCAGAGUCUGGCAGCAGUAGUACACCAAAUUUCGACGAAGCUCUCGCAUCGUUGGGUAGCAACUCUGCGUCGUCGAUUGACCUUUCAACAGCAGAAAAAGAUAAAUUCCGACGCAUCAAUCUAUGGCAUAUCCAAGACAUGCUUCGCUCAUUAGAUCCAGCGGCGGCUGCCAAUAUCUCGAAUUUGGAGCAAAGUCCUUUCCGCUUCGCCGAGUGGGCGCCUAUUUUCCAUUCAUCACAGUUCAGCCGUGUGUUGAGUUACGAUGAGGUACACAGGGUGGCAUUGACAGCUCUCGGCCUGCUUAUCACACGCCCAGCAAGCGAGGCAGCAACCUCUGAGGACGCACCGGCGCAAGUAAGCUGGGCACAUGUCGCGCUUGCUAUGGGGCUGCUAAAGUCGAGUGACACAACUAAAUACACCUCUUUCGAGAAGGCUGCGGCAGCGAUCCCGAAACGCUCCAAAAACGCUUUUGGUAAUCAGGAAGGAGGGUUUGAGGCAGACCUGGGCAGGAAACGUCCAGACGAGAAGAGCAUGCAGCGUCAACGAAAUCUGCAACGCAUAGCAUCUACAGCCAACAAGCACGAAAAGCGGCUCAUGCCCGGUAUCGCAGACCCGGAUCAGAUCAAAACGACCUUUGACCAAGUACAUGUGCCCACCGAGACGGUAGACUCGAUACGAACCAUUACUUCAUUAUCACUACUACGUCCUGAGGCUUUCAGCUAUGGUAUUCUAGCGACGGAGAAGAUAUCUGGCGCCUUAUUAUACGGACCUCCCGGCACAGGAAAAACGCUUCUAGCCAAGGCUGUAGCGAAGGAGAGUGGCAGCACGGUACUCGAAGUUUCCGGUAGCCAAAUCAUGGACAAGUAUGUGGGCGAGGGCGAGAAGAAUGUGGCAGCCAUCUUCUCUCUAGCACGGAAGUUAUCGCCAUGCAUCGUCUUCCUCGACGAAGCAGAUGCUGUCUUUGCGUCCCGAGACGCGAUGCGUGAACGAACGUCGCAUCGCGACAUACUCAACCAAUUCCUGAAAGAGUGGGAUGGCCUCAAUGAUCUUUCUGUGUUCGUCAUGGUAGCUACAAACCGACCUUUCGAUUUGGACGACGCUGUCAUUCGCCGACUACCCAGACGAUUGUUGGUAGAUUUACCCACGCAGGCCGACCGGAAAGAGAUACUACGCAUACAUCUCAAGGGCGAACAACUCGAUGACUCUGUCGAUCUAGCAGACAUCGCUAAGCGCACCCCGUUCUACAGCGGAAGCGAUCUCAAGAACAUUGCCGUCUCUGCCGCCCUCGCAUGCGUCAAGGAAGAGAACGAACAAGCCGCCAUUGCCGCUGCGAAAGCCAGUACAGAGUCUGAGUCUGAAGCCAUAUCCACUCCUGAUUCGGAAACAUCGGAAUCCACGACCGCAGCCACAUCCACAGCCUCUGAAUCCUCCCAACAACAACAACCCUCCUCGCCAUCAACACCACCAAAAGCCCUACACCUCGUCCGCGGCCAAAACUACACAUUCCCCGAGAAACGCAUCCUACACUCACGCCACUUUGACAAGGCGCUGCAGGAAAUCAGCGCCAGUAUCAGCGAAGACAUGAGCAGUCUGAGCGCGAUCAAGAAGUUUGACGAGCAGUAUGGUGAUCGCAAGGGGAAUAAGCGAAGAAAGGACUUUGGGUUCGGGAUGAUUGCUGAGAGGAAUGAGAGUGCGGCUAGGGUGAGGAUAUAG